UUUCAGAUAAACAAUGUGGCCAACUCGCGUGCUAUUACGCAGUGUGCGUCGAACGUAUAUGGAAUUAGAUUAUGCUAGACACAUGCCAAAAGAAUAUGUAGAAAAAGUGAAGCGUACAGUCCCUAAAAAAAUCUAUACCAAUCGAUACGGUGCACCUGAUAUUGUGCGUUGGACGUUGCAUCCCGAUGAUUACGUACCAACCGAUGGGCGUCCCUGGGAAUUAGAUGCAUUUGAGAAAAACAUACAACGAGCACAUGAUUAUCACCAGCACAAAUUAAGACAUAGAUUUUUCGAACUGAGACACGAAGAAAAGGUAGCCAUUCCAGCCGAGGAAUGGACAAUAUUUCCGGGUGAUUUGGUGCAGGUGAUGGUUGGCAAGGACAGAGGCAAAACUGGAGUUGUAUCACAUGUUAAUAAGGAAACCAAUGCUGUAUUUGUGAGAGGGAGACAUACCAAACUUGUUAACGAUUACGAAAACUUGGUUGAAUGUGGCAUAAAUUCUAUUUAUCGACAAGUUGAGCAACCUCUGUAUAUUCAUAAGGGACAAGUGAAGCUAGUCGAUCCCAGCGAUAAUGAACCUUGCGAAGCAGAUUGGGUAUUAAAUGAGGAAGGGAACGAGUAUGUCAGAAUCAGCAAAAGGUCCAAAUUCCAAAUUCCGAUGCCACAAUUAGCCCAAGCUACGUCGGAAUACCUCACUGCCGAUCGAUAUGUCGAAGUGGAUGGUAAGGAUACACCUGCAGAAGUUGUCCUGGAAAAGACCUACAAGCCUGUGCUCAAAUCAUUUGAGGAAGAAAUUGCAGAUGCAAUGGGUAUUCAAGAUAAACGUAAAUUACAACCAACAUACUGGUAUUGAACUCGUUUUCCAGGCUGUAAAGUUUUUAUGUGCAGUAUUUGGUAAUUGGAAUUGCAGUAAAUUGAAUUGAAAAGGCGCAUGGAAUUUGGGUUAUUUGAGCAAAAC